UGAAUUUUGUCUCAGGUGAGAUGCAUAAAACAGGUAAGAUGAGAGUCGACGCCACUUCUGCUUCGUUUGUCAUCAGCUUUGAGGUGUUCACAGCAGUGUAAAAUGGGUUCCAAACUCGAGAGUGCAAUGGAGGGGCUAAUUCAAGUGUUCCACUCAUACUCAUCAAAAGAAGGGGACAAGUACAAGCUGAGCAAAGUUGAGCUGAAGAAUCUAUUGCAGGGUGAACUGAGUGAAUUCCUGGCGGCAUGCAAGGACCCUAUGGUAGUAGAGAAAAUCAUGAGUGAUCUGGAUGAAAACCAAGAUGGCGACGUGGACUUUCAGGAGUUUGUCGUCUUGGUUGUUGCGCUGACGGUGGCCUGUAACAAGUUCUUUGUAGAGGGUCUGAAUGAAUGAGUUGGGGGGGGGGGGGAGAAAACAGUCUGUGACCUCACCUUUCUACUCAUUAUUCCUUGUUAAUAAAACAAACGUAUGCUUUCAUUUGAUUGAAAUGAUUAUCUUUUUGACAAAAAGGCAAAUGUUUCAAUAUUGUCACAUAAUGGUAAUUUCUAACAAAGGCUCUUUUCACUGUUGUAAAAUGAUUGCUUCUGGAGAGAAUCCUGCAAUGGACUGAGCAGUUUCAGUUUCAGCUCAUUAACUUGAAUGCGUGUUACUGGUACAUGUCUUUUGCAUGAACUCUGGGCCGUAUGAAUCAAUCGUCUCGGCUUUAGGAUCAGUUUUGCUUUUGCACUGUGAAUAAGAUUACAUGGACGGUAGGGACUUGAUCAUACAAAAACACUUGUACUGAGAUUCUUCAUAUGGCCCCUGGUCUGCCACCUAUGGUUAAACAUGACAAACCGCACCCAACAUUUUAGGGAAGGCUUUGUACUGAAAUGCACAACACUUUCAGCCAAACAUGGUUCUAAACUAACUUCCAAAGUGACUUCCCCUCAGGUGUGCACUGCAAAGCUCCAAAGAGGAAGGGGGAACUUUUUUUUUCCCCA